ACCGCCAUUGGUUUUCUGUCCCUUGCGGCUCUUUACCACACUGUUCCUCGUUUUCGCAAAAACCCUCGCCUAGGGUUUUUGGGAAUCGAUUAAUUCACCAUCUUAUUAGGUUUCUCGUAACCUAACCGAUUCAUUCUAUUUCGUAUUUGGGAUAUGGAUACUCGUAAGAGAGGGAGGCCUGAAGCUAAAGCCAAUGGUGGUGCAAAAAGAUCCAAGUCAGAAUCGCAGCUGGGAAGCAAAUCAAAGCCUUGCAUGAAGUUUUUCAGCAUGGAUGGCUGUCCAUUUGGGGAGAACUGUCACUUUCUUCAUUACUUUCCUGGAGGUUAUAACGCCGUUGCGCAGGUGAUGAAUCUCCUGCCGGCUUCAGCCGUAAGGACUCCUUCAGCUCCAUCAAGCAUACAAAACAGCUCCGCAACACCAGCCACAAAAUCCAAGAUGUGCACUAAAUACAACACUGCUGAAGGCUGUAAAUUUGGCGACAAGUGCCACUUUGCCCAUGGUGCAUGGGAACUCGGGAAACCUAUUGUCUCCUCACAAGAGCCUAUCCCCAGCUGCUUCGGAAACCACAUUGAGCCACCACCACGACCAGCGCCAGGUGUUGCCGCGAGCUUUGGUGCAUCAGCCACCGCCAAAAUCAGCGUGGACGCAUCCCUUGCAGGUGCUAUUAUCGGAAAAGGUGGUGUGAACUCCAAGCAGAUCUGCAGACAGACGGGAGUGAAACUUGCAAUCCGAGAUCAUGAGAGUGAUGCUAAUCUGAGGAACAUUGAGCUGGAGGGGACUUUUGAACAGAUCAAAGAAGCAAGUGGUAUGGUUAGAGAACUGAUAGUGAGUGUGAGUUCAACAACAACAGCAGGAGCACGUGUGAGACCAGCAGCAGCCAGUGGUCCACCGAUGAGCAACUACAAGACCAAAUUAUGCGAGAAUUUUGCAAAGGGGUGUUGCACUUUUGGCGAAAGGUGCCAUUUUGCACAUGGGAAUGGCGAGCUUCGGAAAAGUGGUGUAAUGUGAAAUGAAAAUGAAUGUUUCAAUUGGAUGUGAGCUUUUGAUAUAAUUUGUAUGGGUGGUGUGGUGGUUAAAGUAGAGAAAAAGAGAUUUUAACUUGUUAUUACAUUAAAUUAGUAUUCAUUUCGUGGGUGUUCACUAAUGGAAAAAGCAAAUGGUGGUAUUAUAUUAUUUAAUCAUCA